AUGGGCGGUAUUGAAAGGCAGAAACAUAGAGAUGACAUAAUGGCAUUUCAGGCGGAAGCAGUUGACAGCUGUUGCUCUGCAUCUUUGACUUAUCGGACUACCCCACACAUAUCUUUCAAGAUGACUGCCCGCUUGGUCUUGGAUCUGCCAACGAAGUUCCGCAAACUCCUGACACCCGGCAAGAUCGGCCAAACCCUAUGCCUGGGCAAUCUGACCGAUCGUGAGACCUAUGACUUCCUCCGCGAUGUAGCUCCAGACCUGCAGAUGGUCAAGGGCGACUUUGAUGUCGAUUCACCCAAUCUUCCACUCUCCAAGAUCGUUACCCACGGCAGCCUACGGAUUGGCUUCACCCACGGCCAUACCAUCGUCCCACCCGCCGAUGCAGACGCGCUCCUGAUUGCGGCCCGCCAGAUGGAUGUGGAUGUUUUGCUGUGGGGUGGCACACAUCGCUUUGAGGCAUUCGAGAUGGAGGGCCGUUUCUUCAUCAACCCAGGAAGUGCGACUGGUGCAAUGAGCUCGGGCUUUUGGCCAGACAACGAGGAGCCCACACCGAGCUUCUGUCUGAUGGACAUCCAAGGUGAUGUUCUCGUGCUGUAUGUAUACCAGCUGAAGACAGAUGCCAAUGGGGUUGAGAACGUGGCUGUUGAAAAGGUCUCCUUCCGCAAGAACCACCCCCCUGCCGAAUAA